AUGAGUUUUAAUAGUGAAAGUUGCGAAAUCAAACACUCCACUAGAGGAAGAUCUUCGAUGCAGGGUCCAAGGCCUUUUCCGUUAAAGGUUAGCGAUUCUUCAUUAAUGAUCAAGAAAUCGUCGCAUAAUAAUAUUCAAAAUAGAAUCGGCAGCAGCGGCAAGGUAAGUAAGCCUGUGGUGAUCUAUCUGAGGUCGCCGAAGAUCAUCCAUGUUAGACCGGAGGAGUUCACGAGCCUGGUGCAACGCCUGACGGGGAAGGACUCAUUACCGAGGGACAGAUCAUAUGAUCGACCGCCCUCGUCAACUUCUUGGAGCAUGGUAGGGGAUACUGAUGAAUCCAUGGCGGUUGCUCCACCGGCCAAGGUGGCUAAGAGAUCAGGUAGUUUGUUUGAUGCAGAACUGUGGAAGCUGGCUUUUAAUGGGGUGGAACAUGGUGAUCAAAUUCUUCAACUCUCUCCAACUUGGAUGCGUUUCUUAGCUUGCGUAUAG